AUGGAGAUGUCGUCGGCCCCAGCCACGGCUGCCGAGAAGAAAGACGUCAAAAGUGGGAUCCUGGAGGGCAGCGGUUUCCCCGACCCGGGUAAAAAGGCCUGUCCUCUGGCGGUGGCCGCGGCGGCCGUCGCUGCCCAAGGAGUGCCACAGCACCUCUUGCCGCCGUUCCAUGCACCUUUGCCGAUUGACAUGCGACAUCAAGAGGGAAGGUACCAUUACGAACCUCACUCUGUCCACAGCGUGCACGGGCCUCCCACCCUGAGCGGCAGUCCUGUCAUCUCUGACAUUUCCUUGAUCCGGCUUUCCCCGCACCCUGCUGGCCCUGGGGAGUCCCCCUUCAAUGCCCCGCACCCCUACGUGAACCCCCACAUGGAGCACUACCUCCGGUCUGUGCACAGUAGCCCCACCCUCUCCAUGAUCUCUGCAGCCAGGGGCCUGAGCCCUGCGGAUGUAGCCCACGAGCACCUUAAGGAGAGGGGGCUGUUUGGCCUCCCUGCCCCGGGCACCAACCCCUCCGACUAUUACCACCAGAUGACCCUCAUGGCGGGCCACCCUGCACCCUACGGGGACCUGCUGAUGCAGAGCGGCAGUGCCACCAGCGCGCCCCAUCUCCACGACUACCUCAAUCCAGUGGACGUGUCGCKAUUCUCCAGCCCCCGGGUGACCCCCCGGCUGAGCCGCAAGCGGGCGCUGUCCAUCUCCCCGCUCUCCGAUGCCAGCCUCGACCUGCAGCGCAUGAUCCGGACCUCGCCCAACUCCCUGGUGGCCUACAUCAACAACUCCCGCAGCAGCUCCGCGGCCAGUGGCUCCUACGGGCACCUGUCGGCCGGUGCCCUCAGCCCAGCCUUCACCUUCCCCCACCCCAUCAACCCCGUGGCCUACCAGCAGAUCCUGAGCCAGCAGAGAGGCCUGGGCUCCGCCUUCGGACACACGCCACCCCUGAUCCAGCCCUCGCCCACCUUCCUGGCUCAGCAACCCAUGGCCCUCACCUCCAUCAGUGCUGUGUCCACGCAGCUGAGCAGCGGCAGCAACUGUGUGAGCGAUGCCAACCAGAACAAGCAGAGCAGCGAGUCGGCUGUGAGCAGCACCGGGAACCCCAUCACCAUUCACAAGCGGAGCAAGGUCAAGACUGAAGCUGAGGGCCUGCGGCCAGCCUCCCCAGUGGGACUGACACAGGAGCAGCUGGCUGACCUCAAGGAAGACCUGGACAGGGACGACUGUAAGCAGGAGGCCGAGGUGGUCAUCUAUGAGACCAACUGUCACUGGGAGGACUGCAGCAAGGAGUAUGACACCCAGGAGCAGCUGGUGCACCACAUCAACAACGAGCACAUCCACGGGGAGAAGAAGGAGUUCGUGUGCCGCUGGCAAGCCUGCACGCGGGAGCAGAAGCCCUUCAAGGCCCAGUACAUGCUGGUGGUCCACAUGCGGCGGCACACGGGCGAGAAGCCCCACAAGUGCACGUUCGAAGGCUGCUCGAAGGCCUACUCUCGCCUGGAGAACCUGAAGACACACCUGCGGUCCCACACUGGGGAGAAGCCCUAUGUGUGUGAGCACGAGGGCUGCAACAAGGCUUUCUCCAACGCCUCGGACCGUGCCAAGCAUCAGAACCGCACUCACUCCAACGAGAAACCCUACAUCUGCAAAAUCCCAGGCUGCACCAAGAGGUACACCGAUCCCAGCUCUCUCCGGAAGCAUGUGAAAACGGUCCACGGCCCAGACGCCCACGUCACCAAGAAACAGCGCAACGAUGUGCAUCUCCGCGCCCCGCUGCUCAAGGAGAACGGAGACAACGAGGCCAGCACUGAGCCUGGUGGCCGGGGGUCUGAGGACAGUGCUGAGGCCAGCAGCAGCAGCCAGGCAGUGGAAGACUGCCUGCACAUCAAAGCCAUCAAGACCGAGAGCUCCGGGCUGUGUCAGUCCAGCCCCGGGGCUCAGUCAUCCUGCAGCAGCGAGCCCUCUCCCCUGGGCAGUGCCCCCAACAAUGACAGUGGCGUGGAGAUGCCGGGGACGGGGCCCGGGAGCCUGGGAGACCUGACAUCGCUGGAUGACACACCUCCAGGGGCCGACACCCCAGCCCUGGCUGCCCCCUCCACUGGCGGCCUGCAGCUGCGCAAACACGGGACCACCAUGCACCGCUUCGAGCAGCUCAAGAGGGAGAAGCUCAAGUCGCUCAAGGAUUCCUGCUCGUGGGCUGGCCCAGCUCCACACACCCGGAACACCAAGCUGCCUCCCCUCCCAGCAAGUGGUUCCAGCCUGGAAAACUUCAGCGGCCCUGGGGGUGGCGGGCCCACAGGGCUGCUGCCCAACCCACGGCUGUCUGAGUUGGCAGCGAACGAGGUGACCAUGCUGAGCCAGCUGCAGGAGCGCCGCGACAGCUCCACCAGCACCAUCAGCUCGGCCUACACCGUGAGCCGCCGCUCCUCGGGCAUCUCCCCCUACUUCUCCAGCCGCCGCUCCAGCGAGGCCUCGCCCCUGGGCGCCGGCCGCCCCCACAACGCCAGCUCCGCGGACUCCUACGACCCCAUCUCCACGGACGCCUCGCGGAGGUCCAGCGAGGCCAGCCAGUGCAGUGGCGGCGGCCCGGGGCUGCUCAACCUCACGCCUGCGCAGCAGUACAGCCUGCGGGCCAAGUACGCGGCGGCCACCGGAGGGCCACCACCCACACCGCUCCCGGGCCUGGAGCGCAUGAGCCUGCGGACCAGGCUGGCGCUGCUGGAUGCACCUGAGCGAUCGCUGCCCUCCACUUUCCCACACCCACUAGGGCCCCGGCGUGGCAGCGACGGACCGACUUACGGUCAAGGUCAUGGCCAUGGCCACUUGGGGGCUCUGCCCGCCUUCCCCCAUGAAGCACCAGGCGGCGGCACAAGACGGGCCAGCGACCCCGUGCGGCGGCCUGAUGCCCUAGCUCUGCCACGGGUACAGCGUUUCCACAGCGCCCACAACGUCAGCCCGGGGACACUGCCACCUUGCACCGAGAGGCGAGGCCUCCGCCUGCCCAGCCACCCGAGCACCGACGGUAGCCUGGCUCAUACCGCUUACUCUCCCAGGCCACCCAGCAUCAGCGAGAAUGUGAUGAUGGAGGCCAUGGCCACGGGGAUGGACGGCACAGGGCCCGAGUCCGACCUGGGACUGCCGGAGGAUGACCUGGUGCUGCCGGAUGACGUGGUGCAAUACAUCAAGGCACACACCAGUGGCGCCCUGGAGGAGAGCACAAGGCAGGUGUACCCCACGGAAAGCACCAGCUUCCCUGAGAACCCCAAACUGCCCAGCCCAGGCAUGCAUGGCCAUCGCAGACUAGUGGCUGCAGACUCCAAUGGGGGCCCCUCUGGCCCCGCAAUGGGAGGCUGCCAGCUGGGCUAUGGGGCACCCUCCAACCUGAACAAAAAUAACAUGCCUGUCCAGUGGAAUGAGGUGAGCUCUGGCACCAUGGAUGCCCCCCUGCCCAGCCAGGUGAAGCCUCCGCACUUCUCUCAGGGCAAUCUGGCUGUGGUACAGCAGAAGCCAGCCUUCAGCCAGUACCCGGGGUACAGUCCACAAGGUCUACAGCCCAGCCCUGGGGGCCUGGACAGCACCCAGCCACACCUCCAGCCCCAUAGUGGAGCCCCGUCUGCACCCAGGGUGAACUACAUGCAGCCGCUGCGACAGCCAGCCACAGGUGGUCAGUGUCUCAGCAUGACCUCUACAGGGAGCCCCCACACCAACUAUGGCCAAGCCCACCCCCAGCUGAGCCCCAGUACUGCCGGUGGGGCCCUGAACCAGUUCCCCCAAUCCUGCAGCAAUAUGGCACCCAAGCCAGGCCACCUGGGGCUUCCUCAGCAGAUGGAAGUUGCCUCUAACCCCUCCAUGAUGGGCGGCCACCACAGGGAAAUUGGGGUCCCCAAUUCAGCACUGGCUGGGGUACCACCACCUCACCCAGCCCAGAGCUAUCCACAGCAGAGCCACCACCUGACAGGCCCCCUGAGUCAGGAGGGCUACCGCCAAGGCUCUAGCCUUCUGCCUCCCCACCAACCCGGCUUCCUGGAGUCCCAGCAGAGCACCAUGGGGGUGGCCACAUCCAACUUUGGCCUAGUACAACCCCGGCCACCCCUCGAGCCCAGCCCCGCCGGCCGCCACCGGGGAGUACGUGCUGGGCAGCAGUUGGCCUAUGCCAGGGCCACUAGCCAGGCCAUGGCUGCCAUGUCAGUCAAUCAGGAGACAGCAGAGGCUGUGCCCAAGGGAGCAAUGGGCACCAUGGCGACCCUGCCUCCUCAGCCACCUCUGCAGGACGCAGGCGGUGCUCAGGACCACAGCACUCUCCACUACUACGGCCAGAUCCACAUGUACGAACAGAAUGGGGGCCUGGAGAGCCACGGAGGCUGCCCAGCCAUGCGGCCCCAGCCACCAGCGCCACAGACCUGCCCGGACAGCAUCCAGCCCCAGCCCUUGCCCUCCCCGGGGGUCAACCAGGUGUCCAGCACCGUGGACUCCCAGCUCCUGGAGGCCCCCCAGAUCGACUUCGACGCCAUCAUGGAUGACGGCGAUCACUCGAGCUUGUUCUCGGGUGCGCUCAGCCCCAGCCUCCUCCACAGCCUCUCCCAGAACUCCUCCCGCCUUACCACCCCCCGGAACUCCCUGACUCUGCCCUCCAUCCCCACGGGCAUCAGCAACAUGGCCGUUGGGGACAUGAGCUCCAUGCUCACCAGCCUGGCCGAGGAGAACAAGUUCUUGAACAUGAUGACUUAAGGCCCGGGACCCUGGUGCAGA